AUGUAUCCUCCAAAGACGAUCGGCUCGGAGCUCAAUAAGAACCACACUAAGCUUCGGGACAUAAACAGAGUCAUCAAGAGGCCAAAGGACAAAUAUCCUGGAUGGUCCAUCAACUUUCCUCAAAAUACGGUCGACUCCGCAUUUAACAAGAAUCAUAAUAAGGCUCGAAGCGUGGCCAAAGAUGACAAGGGCCCAAAGACCGAGUGGCUCGAUGUCAACCAAUUCGACGAAGUACUUCCAAAUUUCCAUACAUCAGAUCCUUCCAUCGCUUCAGUUCGCUGGGGCUUUCCAACAAUCCGCACAUCCGCUUCAGUGACUCCCCAAGCUACAGCAGUCAGUCACCACAACACCCAAUACACAGUAGCAAUCACCGCUCUUCAAGUCAUUAUCUCCACCAUAGCAAUCAGCGCCUGCUUCUUAUUUCUUUACUUCAUCUACCUGGUUAUUAUUCUCCCUCUCUGCAAAGGCGCUAAACGCAUCUUCAAGCGUCUCUCAACCCAUCUUCAUCGCUCGGAUCUCGAAAGCGGUGGGAUAAUGUCCCUACAUGAACUAAUUGAUAAUGCAGAUAUCCCGCCUUACGGACUCAACCCACCGCUCGGUUUACCUGUCUACCCAGCUCGUGUGUAUCGUGUGGGACGAUACACGGGAGAUGAUUGCCGGAGAAGUGAGAGGGGUGGGGCUGGGAAUUGGAUUGCGAGUGUGAGGGGAAGGGGAAGCGAGUUUGUGAGGACGGAUUCUAAUACCACCCAGUGGGAGAGUGAUCUUAGUCCUGCUGUUCUUCUUACUGGGAUGCGAGAGGGAGUUGGUGUUUUGCCGUCGAAUUUGAGACCGGUUGUCCCUGCGGAUGAGGAUGAGGUGAUGGGACGGGGGAAGUGGAAUGAGAGUGUGGAGACGCUUGUUAGGACUCGGUCGUAUGUUUCUGUUCUUUCUUUGGCUUGAAUGUAUUCUCCUUCGUGUAUUUACUUGAAGAGUUUGGCGUAUGGUUUUAAUGUAUUUGCUUGGGUUAAUAUAUAUGAGUAUUGCAAAGAUUAUUAAUACAGGAUUUCUUUUUCUUCAUUCUUUAUUCUUCAUGUGUGAAUGUUUAUGUAAUCUUACUCCUUUCUCGUCUUCUAUUACGAUGAUUUAUCUUCUAUCCACAUCUCACCAUAUAUAUACACAAUCAUCCUUCAACUCCUAACCACUAAGCUAGCUCAUCGAAUUCGCAAGCCCCACUUCCACAUCCCUCAAUCUCACUGAUACCGUUUUUCCAGCACCCAUAUCCCCCCAAACAUAACAGCCGUAGCAAAAGCCGCCAACCCAAUCCUAUCACCCCGAGAAUUCUCAAGGACAACCAUCCCAUUCUCUUCUUUUCCCUCACCUCCUACAUCCUCUUCUACGCCUUUCACUUUUUCUUCGCUCGGUCCCUCUUUCUGCUUCUCGGACGGAGACAGGAACCCCGAAUUCGCCAGAUAUGUAGCUACAACCCUCGACCCCUCAGGAACAGGGAAUAUAAACUGCGGCUCCCCUCUUUCAAAUAAUGGUUCCGUAUCCUCGGAGGAGGAUUGGACGGAGGAAGUGUUUGCUGAUGAGGGGAAGGAGGAGUGGAAUAGAUCGUCGUAG